CCCAUCUGCAGUUUGGGGCUUCCGGCUUCACCCGUGACCUUCUCCUCCGCGCCCCAGCCCGCUCGAACAUCGCCACCCUCCUCACCGGUGGAAUGGGAGCUGCCGUCCUCACCCCCACGACGUCCUCUGCGCCCUUCCCUGGUUUCCUCCCACGGGUUUUUCUGCAUCCACGAGAACGCCUAUGCCUACAAUCGCGAGAACGCCGCCGGCCCUCCUCAAGGACGUCCCGACUGUCUUCGACAACUUCAGCGCCAACGUUGUUGUCCACGGGAACACCAUCAACCUGGGCUUGUGGGAUACAACAGGACAAGAGGACUACAACAAGCUAUGCCCAAGUUUAUGUUUCAUGGCCUCUUGCGGACAUAUGGAACAUAGUGAACUGCUAUACAGUCAGAAUUCAAAUAACAGAGGCGCAAAGGUGAGGAUGGUGGCAGUGGCUCCAAAUAUGAGCCAAAUGAUGAUGAGGAGGCUGAUGAUGCAGAAGAGGAGCAUGAGCCAACUCUACAUAUGUCAAAGGAAAAGGCAAAGCAAGCUUCUACAAAUCCACAAGGAAGAAAGCGUGCCCGGUCCUACCCAUUUCUGCCAACUUAAAAAAGACAAACACAACAAUGAGGACCCUAGCCCAAUUAUGUUUUUAAAGAGACCCAUACCAAUAGAAAGGUGGGAUGCAUGA